AUGCCAUCCCAAGUCAAAUGUGUGGAAUGCUGUGAUUGUGGCAGAAUGAAAAGUGAUCCUCAUGAAGAGCUUUGCAAUAUUUGUAUGCAAUGCACUGACGUUCUUCGCUGCGCUUCGGAGCAAAAACUUAUCCAUGAGGUAGAAUUUGUUCUUUUACCAGUGGUCUGCUCAACAUGUGGCAACAGAUUUCCUGAUAAGUUAUAUAAUAUUAACUAUGUUAAAUCUGUGCAUUCAACCUCUGAGAAAUUACUAAGUGGAGUAAAUGUCAAAUCACUUACUUUGCCUCAACUGAGAGAAGAAUUGAAAAAAGAGGGCUCAGUACUACAGCAACAAAACAAAUUCUUGCAAGGAGGCUUGAAGGGCACAUGGCAAGUGAGGUAG